GCCAUGCCAUGCGUAAGACCGGGGUGGUCCGCCUGUCUUCUGUGGUUAUUGUUUGCUCUAACUCGGGCGGAUUUACCCAUGUGUAAAGAGUCAGAUUACCACUUUGAGUACACAGAUUGUGACAUUCUUGGGUCACGAUGGAGAGUUGCUGUUCCCAACAAACCCAACACAUGCACAGGCCUCCCAGACCCUGUCAAGGGCACUCAGUGCACCUUCUCCUGUAGUGAGGGGGAGUUCCUUGACAUGAGGUCCCAGGAGUGUCAGAAGUGUGCUGCAGGGACCUACUCUCUGGGGACAGGUGUGGCUUUUGAUGAGUGGGAAAGCUUGCCAUCUGGAUUUGUCACCCAUGGGAUGAACAUGAAUAUUGGGGAUUCCCACACAAACUGCUCAAACUCAACCUGGAUACCAAAGGGUGACUACUUAGCCUCAAAUACUGAUGAGUGCACUGCAACAUUGUCUUAUGCUGUGAGCUUGAAGAAAUCUGGAACUGUGUCCUUUGAUUAUUUCUACCCCGACAGCAGCAUCUAUUUUGAGUUCUACGUUCAGAAUGACCAGUGCCAGUCUACGGACUCUGAGAGGCGGUGGAUGAAGAUCUCAGAUAAUGACUGGAGUCACUAUAAUAUAAAUCUGAACAAAGGCAACAAUGUGCUGUAUUGGAGAACCACUGCAUAUGCUGUAGAGGGCAAUUCUGCCAAAUCUGUACUAUUAAGAAACAUUGCCAUCUCAGGGGUUGCCUAUACAUCGGAGUGUUUCCACUGUAAGCCUGGCACCUGUAGUGCAAAACCAGGAUCUGCCCGCUGUACCCCCUGCCCAGCUGAUUCCUUCUCAAAUAAGGGUGCCACUGUAUGCCAACAGUGUGAAAAUGAAAAAUAUGCAGAGGCUGGUUCAGACAACUGCAAACCACGACCCGUGUGUACAAACAGUGACUACUUCUACACCCACACUCCAUGUGACUCCAAGGGCCAGACCCAGCUCAUGUACAAAUGGAUAGAGCCCAAGAUUUGCAGUGAGAGUACUGAUGGAGCGGCGACGCUCCCCGCCUCUGGGGAGAUGCAGACCUGUCCUCCGUGUAACCCUGGCUUCUUUGUCACCAACUCUUCCACCUGUGAACCCUGCCCCCAUGGCCUCUAUUCCAAUGGAACAGCCUGCACUAAGUGCCCUGCUGGCACAGAGCCACUGGUGGGCUUUGAGUACAAAUGGUGGAACAAAAUGCCCAGCAACAUGGAGAGCGCCGUCUUCAGCCAAGAAUACAGCGACACUGAUCGUAAUACUGCAUGGGAGGUGGCAGGGGAGUACAUCUACACCACCCCCGGGGAUCAGGACUCAGAAUACAUGAGGCUCUCACUCAGUGUUCCUGGAUACAGGCUGCCUCUGUCCAUGGCCAAAGACACUGAGAGGCGUGAACUAUCUAAGAUCACCUUUGUUUUUGAGACCCAGUGCACCGCUGAUUGCUCACUUUACUUCAUGGCGGGGUAUAACCAGUGGAAUAAUGACAUCGUGGAGCAGUGGAGUGGCAGUAACAGGAAACAGUCUUACACCUACUUGAUCCAGAGCAACGUCACCAUCACCUUUACCUGGGCCUUCCAACGCACAGUGGUGCCUUAUUCCAUGGGGAGAAAGUCCAGCGCUGAUGUCGCCAAGAUCUACUCCAUCCAUAUCACAAAUGUGGUUGGUGGUGUGGCCUCUAAGUGUCGCCAGUGUGCCCUGGGGUCCUCCAAGGCCGACUCUGCCUGCGUUCCCUGCCCACCUGGACACUACAUGGUCAAUGGAACGGGUGACUGUAGGAGCUGCCCGCCGAACUCCUUCAUCAGGGCAGAGCAGCCUAUAGGAGAGACUGCUUGUAUUCUCUGUGGACCAAACACACAUAGAAACAAGGCCCACUCAGCGUGUCUCAGCGACUGCAAGCUGGAUGUGCAGACCAGUAGGGGAGAGUUCCUGCACUAUGACUUUUCCCCUUUGGCAAAUGUCACCAGUUUCCAGAGCAGUCCCCGCUUCACCAGCAAAGGCCUGCAAUACCUCCACCAUUUCAGUGUUGGUCUGUGUGGAAAAGAGGGCAGAGAACUGGCAGCCUGCGUGGAUAAUGUAACAGAAAGCAGGAGGGUGGUGAGAGGUUAUGCCUGCCAGUCCACUGUGGUUCCCUCAGACAUCAGGGGCCAGAGUGUAGUGUCCUCGCAGCCUUCUGUCAUUGGUGACACGCUCAUUGGUGUAACGACUGAUACAACCCUGAGUCACAUCUCCUCCCUGGUAGAGUCGUUUCCCACUGGAUCCAGCCUACCAGAUGUGAUAUUCUAUUACAGAUCUAGUGAGACAACCCAGGCUUGUAAACAGGGUAGAUCAACCACCAUCCGACUGAGAUGCAACCCGACAGAGACAGCCAAAGACCACAUCAGUCUGCCAAGCAAUUGCUCUGAGGGGACGUGUGAUGGAUGUUCGUUUCACUUCCUGUGGGAGAGCCAGCAUGCGUGUCCACUCUGCACUAAAAACCACUACAGAGAGAUUGUCAGUGCAUGCAUCCAGGGAAUUCAGAAAACUACCUAUGUAUGGCACCAGCCCUUGCAGUGCUAUGGUGGGGUGUCCUUACCAGCACAAAAAGUCAGUGCCUGCGUGACGCUGGAUUUCUGGCUUAAGUUUGGCGUCUCAACAGGAAUGGUUGCUGCUGUGCUGCUAAUUAGUAUCAGCUGCUAUUUCUGGAAGAAGACACGCAAGCUACAGUAUAAGUACUCCAAACUGAUGAUGAGCUCUGGUGAUAAAGAGUGUGAGCUCCAUGCAGCAGACAGCUGUGCAAUCAUGGAAGGAGAGGAUGCAGAGGAUGACCUCAUCUAUCUUACCAAGAAAUCCUUCUUCACCAAAAUCAAGUCCUUCUCAAGAGAGAGGACAUCAGAUGGCUUUGACUCAGUUCCGCUAAAGUCAUCAUCUUCAGGCCUGCCAAGAGAUGAAGAUGACUUAGAUGACUCUUAAAUCAAAGGAGAGGAAGACGCAGAGGGAAACACGAUAUGAAUGGAAGAAACAUUAAUGCAUCUGUAAUGGAUGUCUCAGAAUGGUCAACGAAAUCCUUAUUUUUAAUUGAUUAAAAGUAAGGAAUAAAUAAACAGGAAUUUAAUUAUUACAAAUGCAACCCAAGAGGUAAAGAAGAGGUAAAGGGUUCAGUGAGGAAUUCUUAAAAGUAUGUCAAGAGGAUGGAUCUUGGAAUUGUUAUCGUUUGCAAUAUUUUAGGUCACAACAAUACAUACUAGCCUCCAUAAGGGAGGACCUUUUAAGGCCAGGAUGCCUUCUAAGAUAAUUUUUGACUCAAACAAUAAAUUUUGCUGUUUGUUUUAAUGUCCAGAUAUUGCUUUUUUUUUGUAGAUGUGAAAACCUGUUUCACUGAACUGCGAGUAAUGUCUUUGUUAUAACUUGUGCUUCACACAAGAACUGACAGCCUAUUCUACUGCACCAAAGUUUAAGGUUUAAUUGUAACGUUCUUUUAAAUAAAGACAU